AUCUCACCCCCCCAGGCACACCCAUCAUCUCUCUUCCUGCCCUGUUGCUGUGCCCCGCUGCCCGAUGCUCCGCGCGCUCCGGCCUGCCUCCUCUCUUGUAUCCCUCUCCCGUUGCUACACCACCCGGCCCUUCACUAUGACUGCUCCCGCUGCCACUGCUGCCACCUCCUCUGCUACUGCCCCCUCCUCUGCUGAUGGUGUGCCCGCCACCACUGCGGCCACCGUCACUGUCGAUCCGGCACAGCAACUGGUCAUGUACAUCAUCGUGCGCAAUGACCUGCUCCAGCAUCCCGGCUGGUCGACUGGCAGCCUGAUUGCCCAGGGCAGCCACGCCGCUUCGGCGGCCGUCUGGGCCUUCCGCGACCACCCCGACACGGUGCGCUAUGUCACCGGCGAGCCGGGCUGCGCCAUGCUGCAGGCCUCCAACGGGGAGUCCUUCAAUGGGUCCAUGCGCAAGGUGGUCCUGGUGGCCAAGUCCGAGGAGAAGCUUCUUGGCGCGCGCGAUGCGCUCACCGCCGCCGGGCUGGACCACAUUGUCUGGACCGAGCUUCCGGAGGACCUGCCGACCGCCAUCGCCACCCGGCCGUAUCCGCGCGCCCAAUUUGGCAACACUCUCCGGUCUUUGCCGCUGUUCCGUUGAGCGUCCCGGCACAGCCGGCCAGUGCCCGGUCGCGGCAUGGCCGGGCCCAUGUGCUCCUCUCUUCUCCUGCUCGCCAUUCAACUCCGAGAAGGAGGGGCCAAAUACACGAGCAGACACGUG